AUGACGUUGGAUGCAAAGCUGAUUGGACCCCCUUUUCGUUGGAAUCCUGGUGUUGAAUACAUUUAUCUUUCUCGCUUUUGCCAGCCAAUGGCGUUGUAUUUGGUGCCUUACCUGCAGCGUUGCACGCAGCUGCCCACACUCACACUGGAGGGAUGGAAUGAUGCCACAGCAAUUCACCGGGUGCUGAUGGCAUGCAGGAGUCUAGACGUUUUAGAUGGCUUUUCCUUGAAUGACACACCACGGAAUUGGAAGAAUGAGUUAUCUGUUCAGGCUCUCAACACACUUAUUGAGAUGCACCCCAAACUCAUUUGUGUGAAGGCAACGCGACUAUACCUUGGAGAUUGGCACGAGGCGACGCAGUUUUCGUGGUGCAGGCACAAUAUUGCGCUCGUUCUUUUUUCAUGCGAUUAUGUGAUUUUGCACUGCGGACUGUUUUUACUUUUGUUGUGUAUUCCGAACUAUACUGUCUUAAAAGGAAGACAGUGGCUUUUGGCGGAAACUUUGACUUCCGCGUACCAGUCGUUUUGGUCAGUCAUCGCCGCUGUUGUUGUUUUUGUGGCUCUGGUGGGCGUUGAUAUGGCGGGCUGGCGGACGUAUGACCGUUUUUGGUUGUAUAUUCAGAAACAUGUUAUUUUGUCGAGGCGGCGGUGGGCUAUUGUGAUGGGGUAA